CAGCGAAGUCAGGAAUUCUACUUGAAUGGAUAUGGUCGGCAUUUACGGGAUCUCCCUUGUCUCGAGUCCGACGAUCUAACGACCUAGUUCCAGACGAAGAUGACUCGAUGUGAAAUUGUUCUGCUCCGUGACCCUCGCGCUUGCACCGAGCCAUGUACUGGCCCUAUGGAGUCCCCCGGGUCUAUGCGAUCAAUGGCCCUAGAAUUCCGGUCCUCGCAUCCGACGACGAGGAAUUAUUAAACUACGAUAGCUCUGCGGAACAAGGGGAGUCGUUGAAUGUUAAUAAUGCCCGCGACAGGGCGGCCGUUACGGAGACGGCGUGGGCGGAUGAGCCUAUCACCGGCCUUUGUGUCUCCCGGAGUGGUUAUAUGUUUGCGACGAUGACCAAUUCAUCGAUUGCGCUCUGGCAAACAAGACCCACCGCCGUUGUUGCUGCCGUUGCUCGGUCCGCCUCGUCGCUGGAGAACUAUGGCUCCAAUGUGGCCCUUCUAAUGCACCCCGACUCGAAUAUACUCGUCGUUCAGACACUCAAUGGAUAUCUUCUUACCUAUACAAUCGCUGUCAGCCCUAAUACCCGUGUAUAUCAGCAAUAUUUUGAUCAAUCUACCUCGACCCGCCGCCAGACGCUCGCACGCUUGGCCGCGGAGGAAGAGGCCACUGGGAUACGAGAUGUUAGCGUUCGUUUCCGAAUGGCUAUCAAGAUAGAAUCAGGGAUUGCCAAGGCUCUCGCACUUGAUAUGGAGCUUGUUGUCGCGACUGUCAAGCCUGCAGCCAUCCAAUGCAUUCGUUGGAAUCCGGAUGCGGACGGCUCGCAAACUAAGUCGGAGCUCCUUAGUCGCGUACUGGGCGUGUCGAAGCGCACGUCUAUUACGAAUAUGGUGUACGAUCGAGCUAUCAACUUGCUAAUAUGGGUGACCAACGAAGGCCAGGCCUACGCCGUCCAACGGGCCGCAGAAGAUUCGGACGACGCCAAGAAGCUGUUCAAGGGCCAUUGUUUCCAUGACCCCAAAGAUGAUGGCGAGAAAGCUGUCAAGGUUGUCGUCAAUGCUCGCUUCUCUCUCCUUACCGUGAGCUGCGCCAACGGUGAGAUCUUGGUCUAUACAGCCAAGGACUACCUGGGCAACGUUCCUCUAUCACACAAACUACAGCUCCCGGCCUCGCCAGCUACGACCGGUAGCGUUACAUUCAUGAGCUACUCGCCAGAUGGGUAUUGCCUUUUUGCUGGCUAUGAGCAUGGCUGGACGACUUGGAGCGUUUUUGGAAAGUCGGGGGAGAGCAGCUUUGCGGCAGAUCGUUCACUUGCCGACUCAAACGGCGAGAACUGGGUGACUGGCAUCUCACACGGUUGUUGGAUCGGUGGCGGCUCCGAGAUAAUACUUACAGGCCAGAACGAUCGUCGCUUGUGGAUACUGGAAACAGCACGGAGCGCUUUGACAGGCUGCUACUCUUCUGCGAAUCUGGCUAGAGGCCUACUGCAAACUGGGACCGAGAUUAUCCUCUACCGCGGUCACGAUCUACCAGAUCUCAUGACUAUCUCGGGGAAGGACUCGCUGUGGCAUCACGCACAAUACCCUCCGAGUUACCUUCACUCACAGUGGCCGAUUCGCUCAAGUGUCGUCUCUCAGGACGGGAGAUACGUUGCUAUAGCUGGCAGACGAGGGCUUGCGCACUACAGUGUGAACAGCGGCCGGUGGAAGGUGUUCGAAGACCCUAAAAUAGAGAAUUCCUUUGCGGUACGAGGGGGCAUGUGCUGGUACGGACACAUUCUGAUUGCCGCCAUUGACAACGACGGAUCAUACGAGUUGCGAUUGUACUCGCGAGAGAUGCCCCUUAACAAUCAGUCGAUAUUACAUAUAGAAUACCUCCCCUCGCCGGUGGUCUUUGUCGGAGCAUCGGGCGAGGACUCCUUGCUUGUUUAUACAUACGAUAAUAUCCUUUAUCAUUAUAUCAUCAACUCGGCACACUCUCGAAUAACGCUGGUCCCCGUGGGGCAGAUAGCUUUUCAUGGGAUUGUGCGCGCGCCGACCAGAGUCCGGGCAAUCAGUUGGAUUUUGCCCGAAGACCAGAUGCGGAACGGCGACCCUUCCCAAGAUGUCAAGGUGGCAUCCGUGCUUCUUUUGGUAGAUGGCAAUUUAGUCCUGCUGCAGCCAUCGUUCUCGGAGAGCGGCGAGUUGAAAUACGACAUGCGCGUGGUAUCGCACGACGUCGAAUACUAUAUCUUGAUGCGAGACCAGUUAUCGUUCAACUUUGCGCCAGUUGACGAGUCCCUUCCGGCUAGUCCGUCGGCUGAGAUGGCCUUGAAUAUGUACCGUAGCGACUUCUCGUUGAGGGAUUCGCUGUGGACGUUUUGUGGGAAAGAGCUCCUUGCCUGGGGCGAUGUGCAGGAUGUCCUGCAGCGAGAUGAAGUGUCAAAACCGCUUGAGGUACCCUUGGACUUCUACCCGUUAUCUGUACUCCUGAACAAGGGUAUCGUGUUGGGUGUGGAGGCGGAGAUGACCCAGCGACGCGAUGUCACCUUCUCCGCGCUGAAAUUCGCUAUCCGCACGCAUCUCUUCCUCCCCUACUUCCUCCAGCACAGUCUGACCCAGCGAGACAUGCCUGCCGCGCUGUCGCUGUGUCAGCACUUCUCGCACCUCUCCUACUUCCCGCAUGCGCUCGAGAUUCUCCUGCACCACGUCUUGGAUGACGAGGUCGACAACCAGAGCAAGGACAGCAAGGCCGACGACCCCUCGCAGAGGCACGAGCCGCUGCUUCCGAUCGUGAUAUCAUUUUUACAAGCAUCCUUACCGACGAAGGUGUAUCUGGAUGUAGUUGUGCAAUGCACUCGAAAGACGGAGCUGCGAUCCUGGCGCACCUUGUUUGCAUACCUUCCAUCGCCGAAGGAGCUGUUCGAACAGGCCCUCAAGCUCGGAUCACUCAAAACCGCCGUGGGGUACCUGCUGGUGUUGCAGGCGUUCGAGGACGACGCCGACGACCACGACGCGCCGAUCGAGGACUACGUGGUGCGGCUGAUGUACCUGGCAUCGAAGCGGAACGACUGGGACCUGUGCGCCGAGCUGGCGCGGUUCCUGAUCGCUCUGGACGGGACAGGGGAGAUGCUGCAGCGGGCGGUGACGCGCGCGGGGCUGCGGGAUGGGGGGUGGACAGGGACGGGGAUGAACGGGUCCAGCACGAGCGUGAAGGGGCUGGGACUGGCGAUGCGGACGCCAUCGUGGUCAUCGUUGUCACCGACGUCACCGCUAUCGCCGCGUCCUGCAGAAUUGGAAUAG